UUUCUUUCCUUUCUCGCCCAUCACUGCGUUCAGUUUGCCGGUAACCUUUCGUCGUUUCGUGUUGUUGUUUGUUCGCAGCUCGCUUUCGAUUACGAAUCCCGUUCCAUCAAAACAAGCAAAAAGUUAGGUGUUUCUUCCGAAUCUUUUCUCGCGAUUUUAUCAUCCCGACGAGUGCUAAAAAUUGCGCGAUUUCCGCCGGUUGUUCCGUAGCUAAGUGCCGCGGAAAUUUGGAGUCAAGCAAACUCCGUCGAGGCGCGCAUUUAUUUUGAAAUGUGACCACCUGAUGUGCGAACGGUGCAUCCUCGAUAUGAUGUACGGACCGCACCAAGCGGCCGUUUGCCGUAUCUGCAAUAUCCGUACCAUUUUGGACAAGAAGCGCCGCGUUAACGACCAGCUUCAGCACAGCUACCAAAUGCUGGGAUUGGUUUACCAACGCCAACAUGAGAUGUCCCGCCUGGCCCCGGUAAAUGCCCUUGGGGGACCUUCUGCGCCAGGGGAACUCCCACCGGUUAACGACGAAGAGGAGGACAAGGAGUGCUACGAGUGUAACAUGGUCCGCACCCGGCACUACUGCCAGGAGUGUGAUAUUGCCCUGUGCCGGGAUUGCUUCGAGAAGAUUCAUCGCUUCGGGAAGAUCCUGACGAAGCACAAGCUCUGCUCCCUGACGGCCAAGAAGUGGAUGCAGGAAGAUAUCAGCAUUUGCGACGAGCACAAGCUGACCACGAAUCUGUUCUGUACCAACUGUGAGGUGCGGGUUUGUGUAACCUGUCGGAGCGAAAACCAUUCGUCCCAUUAUUGUGCCGAUUUGGUGGACAUCAACCGGGAAGCCCAGCCGCGCUUGAAACAGCUGAUCAAGGACCUGGAGGAGGCGUACGCAAAGAACGAACAAGGAAGAAAGGUGAGUCGACCAUCUCCUCUACUUUAUCGGGGUUUUCUUUUGUCGGCGGAUUCGCGCGAGCAAAUUGUCUUGUUGGUUGCAUACCCGCCAGGCGGAUUGCGUGUAACCUCAAACAGCUGA